UCCGUUUGAGGGAGUGACGUCAUGGAAGGCCUCGUUGGGGUUUCUGUCCAUGGUGCUGCAAUCACAUGACGCGCUAUUGGAAUAUCACCGGCACUUUAAUCAACUGCACACAGGAUUUACAACCUUCUCCAAGUGAAUAAAGGACAUGUGAGACAAGGUCCUGUGAGCAAGUCCACAGUCCUUUAGCAUGAGGCGAUGGAUAUAAAUAGAUGAAACAGGCACGGAAUGCGCGCUUAUUAUGGGAUGAGGGAGAGGAUGACGGGGCUCGCCGUGUUUCACUUCUAUAAACUUUCGGACUUAUUGUCGUACUUUUUGUAGGACAGAACGAAGUGGUUGUUCAAACUAUUUUUUGCCCUGCCAAAGGCCAGACAUUGUGGUAAGACAGACAGCUGCAAGGUUUAACACCUGUGUGUGUGUGUGUGUGUGUGUUCCCAGCAGGGGGACCUGCACACAGUAUCAGGGCCUUAGGAGCCUCAUUAAAUCCCAUCUCACGUAAAUCUAUAAAAAACAAUUUUACGUUGUCUAAAUGAGAAUAUGUCAGGAUGAAUUGAUACAGAACAUAUAUCAUAUCUCAAACUAUUAUUCUGAAAGAAAGAAAAAAUGAAGGUUCCAGCUUCUUUGAAUGUGUAUUUGUUUACAUUGUGUCAUUGUAAAUGAAACACUCAUAUUUUGGACCGUUGGUCAGGUGAAAAGACCAGUUUGUCUCCUCUGUCUCUGGGCCAUGAACACUUUCUGUUUCUAUACUAUUAGAGAAUCAAUGAUGAACAGGAAAAUGAAUGGCGGGUGAAAAUAAUAGUGAGUUGCAGCUGUAAUAUAAUGUAAUUACAGCGUCAUGCCAAGUGUUUUUUCUGUUCUUAACACGGCUUUGAACAGAGAAAAGCUCAGCUCAUCGAGUAAUUAGAUGAUAACUGUGGGUUGUUUCCUGGUUUAAAGAGGAAAUGAGAAUAAUUGUCUUCCUGCUGCUAGUGCUUAAAGCUUCACUGAAACCAUGGGAACAGAUUUGCUCUGAGUCCAAAAUUAACACAAAACAGCAUUUUGCAGAAUGAUGUCUCAAAAACUCUUGACCCCGUAAAAUACGGAGCACAGAAGUCUUUUUUACCCAUUGUAGGAUAUUUUACUUUUUUUAUAGAGAGCAAGAGAUGCCACAUCUUACAAGCUUGUGACUGCGAAGCCGCAAGCAUUUUCCCUCUCUGCUAAUAUGUGAUGAACGAUGCAACAAACAAUCCAACGGUUCUUUUCCAUUUUCUUUUAAACCUCCAACUUAUCUUAAAAAAAACCUUUGUGGUCCCCAGACUUUUAUUCUGCCAGAUAUGAUUAGAAGUCAGUAACGAAGGUAAUGGGGCCUCCAGUGGGGGCAGAGGGGAAUCCCGUAGCCUCUGUGGGGGGGUUGAGUGCAGUGCCCCUGUGUGGUCAAAGUGGAUUAAAGUCCAGCUGAUGAAUAUGUCAUGUUAGAUUAAAAAGCAGAACAAGGGGGGAAACAACCUGUACGGUUUCAUCUUAAUUCUUCUUAGUUGCCAUAAAUGCUGCUGCUCCUGUUGUUGUGGCUUCUGUAACAUUUGGGUGCGUACGUUGAAUUCUUUUAGAGGAAGAGUCGCCACUGGAAAAGUUUCUUCUCGUUUGCUGAAUAAUCAUCAAUGGCCUCAUUGGUUUGGGCUCCACAUUAAAGCGCUUAAACCCUCCUCUUCUCGUUGUAUCAGUGGUGGGAUGGAAAGUGUUGCUUCAGGCUGUACAACGUGACAUGAAAGGAACUUUUAUAGCCCCAUCUUCAUGUUUCUGUAUCCUGAUGGAAGGAAAGGAAGUCUGCAUCUCUCUGACAAGGCGUAAGUCCCGUUAUCAGCAACAAACUACACCGGCUGCACAAGUGAUAGUGUAGUGAAGACAAAAAGACACAGAGAGGAUGAACUUCAGGCCACAUCCCUGCUGUGUUAUCUCACUGAGUGAUCUCCAUGAGGAGGGGAAGAAUGCCAUCAACGCUCCCAUGCUCCCCUCAGGGACAGACAUCCAUCCGGAGGACACACUGCUCGAGGAGAACGCUGAGAGGAUCAUGUUGGACCCAACAUCGCGGGAAAAUCUUAAAUUUAAAGAUCUGUUGAAGGUCCUGAUUGACUGGAUCAACAGCGAGUUGGAGGAAGACAGGAUCAUAGUCAAAGACCUGGAGGAGGACUGUUAUGAUGGACAGGUGCUCCAGAAGUUAUUUGAGAAGCUGUCGGGCAGGAAGCUGAACGUGGCCGAGGUGACCCAGUCCGAGAUCGGCCAGAAGCAGAAGCUUCAGACUGUUUUGGAGGCCGUCAACGAACUGCUGCGGCCUCACGGCUGGACUAUCGAGUGGAGCGUGGACUCGAUCCACUCCAAGAACCUGGUGGCCAUCGUCUACCUGCUGGUGGCUCUUGCGAUGCACUUCCAGGCUCCCAUCAGGCUGCCGGAGCACGUCUCUGCCAAGGUGGUGGUCGUCAAGAAACGGGAGGGAAUCCUCCAGACGGCUCUGGUGAGCAAGGAGCUGACGAGCACCACCGAAAUGAUGAUGGGAAGGUUUGAGAGGGACGCAUUUGAUACCUUGUUGGAUCACGCGCCAGACAAGCUCAACGUGGUGAAAACGUCCCUCAUCACCUUUGUGAACAAACAUCUGAACAAGUUGAACCUGGAAGUUACUGAGCUGGAGUCUCAGUCUGUAUAUGUAUUUAUGUCUAUGUGCAUGCAGUUUGCUGAUGGUGUGUACCUGAUAUUGCUGAUGGGGCUGCUGGAGAACUACUUUGUCCCCCUAUACAACUUCUUCCUCACCCCUGAGAGCUUUGAGCAGAAGGUCCACAAUGUGGCGUUUGCCUUUGAGCUGAUGCAGGAUGGAGGUCUAAAGAAACCCAAAGCCAGACCAGAAGAUGUUGUCAACCUGAACCUAAAAUCCACCCUCAGAGUCCUCUACAACCUGUUCACCAACUACAAAAACUCAGACUGAACUUUUCCAGUUUCAGCCCCGGAUAUUAUUUUGAAUGCUACUAUGUUUCUGCGCAGUUAUUACCGUGAUAGUCUGGACAUUAGAGGAGACCAUCUGAGACAGAAAGUCAUCAUUAUGUGGGACUUAUAAAGACCCGUCGGGAGUAGCCUGAAAAAGACUGAAUGUUAGUAUUUUUAUCUCCAAAUGUCAGUAUUUAUUAAUUCCUUCCUCGAAUGUUAAAUUCAGCCCAGAAAACCCUGCGACCUUUAGCCCACAUUAUAAAACUGGGCUGUCACAGGAGUAAUGAAGGCAGGAUGUUAAAAUAAGAAUACAUUUCUGUGUCAAGUCGACUAUAAUGUUAUAUAGUACCAAGAAUUCAUUUGUGUAAAUAUUAAAAUAAGUUUUGGAAGAGACAGAUAUUUGCUUUUUUGCCAAUCGUUUGAUGAGAAGAUUGAUACAAAGCUAAUGUCUGUAUGCUAAAUCUUAAACAAACUUUAUAGCCGGCAGCAGGUUAGCUUAGCUAAGCAAAAAUAACACUCUGUGGGAAGCUCAUUGAACACAGUGUAGACUUUUAUAUUGUUUUGGAUCCGUUAAGAACUAUAAAAGCAACAAUAACUAUGGAAAACCCUUUUCAAUGAAUGACUUUGAGAUGGUUUGAAUUUAUUUGUUGUCUUUACACUUUCCCUCGCUGUUUUGUUGGUAAUCAGUUUUGUUUUAAGCUCUUUUUGAAAAACUAAAUCCAUAUAUGCUGAUAUAAAAUAUAGAUUAAUAAUAAUGAAUUAAUGUGUUUCUCAUGUUCCCGUUUCCAUGCUAAGCUAAGCUAACGAGCAGCUGGCUGUGACUUCUUCUCCCGCAGCCUCUUGUUAAUAAAGCGAAUGCAUAUUUCGCCUGAAACUAUAUCUUUAAGAAAAUGUGAAAUGCAAUGUUUUCUAUAAUAUCUGAAAAGGCUUUGUAUGCUCUCACCAAUACUUGACCGCUAAAGAAAGUAUGAAUGAUCCUCGUUUCCUCUUAACUAUGCACAACGCAUCUCAAGCCAUUUUUUAAAAGCCAACGUUAUUGCCUUAAUUAAGUGGCGCCCCGGCCCCCCACCCGGGAGAGCCCCAGUAUCCUCGCGUCCACCGGCCUUCCAGAAGAGUCGACACACUGUCCUCCUGAAGCAGAGUUUGAGUGCCGUGCGUCCUGCAGACCUGCUAAGAUGCAGUGCACAACUUUGUCAAUCUAUGCCUUGCUUGUGUGUUUUUUAUUUUGCCUAUCAAGAAAUAAAUGCCUGAAAUCAAACAGAA